AUUAUCUCUUGAAUUCUACGCAAAUGAUAAUACGUGGCCGUAGAUAAGGAAAAAGUAAAAUUUCUAUGUUUUGAAAAGUCCGCCGUAGCUAUUUCGCCGAUAGAGAGCGUGACAGACGGGUACAUACGUUAGUUAGUGUUUUGCAGUUUGGUUUACGUUUGAUCCUAGCAGAAAUCAAUUUGUUUGUAAAAAUGACUGCGCAAGGAUCACCCGCAAAAAUGAAAGAAUUACGUUUACCCAUGUCAAGGGUAAAAACGAUAAUGAAAAGUUCUCCUUACGUUGACACAAUUGGUCAGGACGGAUUGUAUUUAGUCACGAAAGCUACGGAACUGUUUAUACACUAUUUAACCGAGGAGGCACAUCUACAAAACAACAAAGGGAAUUCUUUAGACUACAAACAUCUAGCAGAAGUAGUGCAAACCAAUGAUACAUUGGAGUUUCUCAGGGAAAUUAUGCCCAGGAAGAUAACAGUCAGGCAAUUCAAGGAAAUGAUGGCUGCCAAGAAUUCGCAGAGCUCAUCUGAGAGCAGCUCAGAUUCAGACAGUGAUAGUGAGUCAGAUACGAAUUCUUGUUCUGAUAGUGAUAAUAGAAAAGCAGAUGGCAAUUCUUCGAAUAGCGAACAAGAAAAUGAAACAAAAGAAAAUGGUAACUGUGAUUCAGGCAGCAACAAAAGUGAAGCCAGUGAAAAAAGUGACAGUGAAGAUGAGACUAAAAGAUAAGGAAACUGAUAUUUAUUUUCAUCUAUACUUUUAUACGUACAGAGGCUCUCUGAUUUUCUAAGAAACAAUAUAACUUUUGCAGACAUUUGGUUUUAUGAUAAUGUUUCAAGUGUCUGUUAGUAUUUGAUAUUUAGAUGGAUUACAGACAAUAAUUUUAGAUGCUCAAUAUUAUUUUUAUAUGUAUUCAUUAGAAAUUAUUAGAGAACUAAAUAGAACAUUGCCAUUUAUGUUAAAACAUAUUCAUACUAUUCCAUAUUUAGGUAUAUCAUAAAAUAAUUAUAACCACAUGUACAAAGUAAAGGAUUUAUUUAUUUUUCACAGUGCAACAGCUUAAAAAGCUCCAUACUAUUUUAGCUUGAAUAAUAAUAUAAAACAAAAUAAAUUCAUCGAUCUUUCUGUGCUGUUUUCCCCUUCAAUUUAUCAUCACUUGUGCCACUUCAUGUCCUGGCUAUUCACAAAUUAUUUUUCCUUGUGUUUUCGUGUUUUUAUAGAAAUUGCAGAAAGCCAUUUUAGAAGAAUACACUUUCAUAAUAAUGCUCUAUAAAAUUUUAUUCUUGAUGCAAUUUUUUAGGCAUAGGUUGUGGGACAGUUUCAUAUCCAUCUUCAUUUAAUUUAAUAGCUAAGAAAUAGAUUUCAGCCAAAGCUAUGAUCAAUGCACAGAUUAUCCCUAACAACAAUCUAAAUCCAAAAUCUAAAUUUCCAAUUAUUAAGUCCACACCCUUGAAUCCAAAAACAAAACCUGCCACCACAGAAAAUACAAACUGUGCAACAGCUAUUAGCUGUCUAUUUAUUUGCUUCACUGAAAUAUAGAAAUAAACACGAAUAUAUUAAAUAUAUUUAAAAAAUUCUUGAUUUUAAUUUUAAAGUCUUACUUUGGUAAGAGAUACUGUCCUCUGGAAAAUGUCUUCUAUUAGAAUCAAUGCUUUUGGUCAUAGCUUGGUAUUCUCUAGCAUCCUGUUGUGCUUUCAGUUUCUGUAUCCUAGCUUCCAGUUCAGGAUUUCUUGGUACAAGUUUUGGUGUAGGUAGUUUUAUAUCAGCUUCAUCUAAUAAUUCGUGUAAAUAGAUACUUUCCAUUUUAGUGGUCCUGUAUUCUUCCAAGUACUUAUUCAACCAUCUGAUGUCAUCCAAUUGAAGUAAGACAUCUUUCUGGUUGUCUUUAGUAGAUUUCUUCAAAGCAACAAUACUAGAUGGAGUGUUGCUUGUUUUCUUAACAUUUUUACAAAUAAAUUCUAUUAAUUUUUUAUUUGGUUUAAUUUUUAUAGAAGGGUCUUCAAUCGAUUCAACUACCAUUCUUAUAUUUUCUAAAUAAAUCUUCUAUUGUUAACAAAAUAACAUUUUUAUGUACUAGAUGCAGAAUUGGCACUGCUUUAUAUUGUUAUCAUAAAAUAGAGAAUAUGAUUAUUAAAGCAUAUAAAUGAAAUAGUUAUCAAUUUAUGGUGUAAUGUGUAAUUUUCUUUCCAGGUCAAUAUAAAAUUCUUUUAUUUCUUUUUCUUUUUCCUCAAAAGUUUGAUUUACUUUCUCACACUUGUCACUCAUAUCAUUAACAAACUUUUCCCAUUCUAGUUUCCUCAGUUCUCUGUUUUCCUGUAAUGCUGUAUCCUAUAAAAUCAUAGGAUGUAUGUAUUAGUGAUAUUUAUGAGAGUGUUUCUAAUAUGUGUAUCUUUUUUAUAUUGAAUAAUCAUACAGUAUCAAAGUUCUGUUCCCUUUGAAAAACUCUUUCGCACAUACUCAGUGCGACAUCGACGUUUGCUUUUAAGCUCGGUAAAUGACAAUCCCCAAGUUGUUCCGUUCGGUCGAGUUGAUUUUCCU